AUGGGACAGAAACAAUCUUUGAAUGCUUCCUUGCACCGUUACAUUUAUAAUCAUGACACCGAUGGCCUGAUGGGAUUUCUUGACGCACACGAGGCUGAGCUCAACAACGCCUGCAUGGAUGAAAACAUUUACGUUGAACUUGUGCAACGACAGUGGGAUACCGCGACGAUUUACCGUUUUGCCAAGUUUGCAAACGACCAGCAGCUGGCUGUUCUCAUAGCAACCGCUGUGCUUUGCAGUCAUUUGAUACCAAUUGCUCCUAUUUUUGAAUUAAUGCAGGAUUGCAAGCGCACCAUUGAGCAAUAUCAUCUGAAGCAUCUCUUCUUAAUUGCCUGUGAGCGGGAGAACGUGGACGCCGUGCGUGCCUUUAUUGCAAAUAAAUGCUACGACCCGACAGAUCGACGCCCUGUUCGUGCCGUUUUACGGGCGCAACUGAAUAAAUCGGUGGUAAAUGAGGAACUGGUGAAAAUGGUUUUGGCGGCACAUCCGCUGCAGACGGACAACGUUGAAUACAUUCGCAACAAAUGCCUUAGCACAGCAAAAAAUGAGGGAGUUCGCAAGAUGGUAGAUGACCUUCUUGUUGAAUAUGUUUCGUGA